GCAUAAGCCUCAAUAAAACUCGUGUACUGGCUGGUCCCCCCUCAUCCCCGAAACCUUGGUAGCCCUUGGUGCUUUGUUGUAAUCAUUCCCCCAAUCCCACUUGAGUCGAACUCAUUAUCCUAACGUAACCUCGCACAUGAUGGUUCAACCCCUGGACCCCAAGGUCGAACACCUCGUUGCGCAGUUGGGCGAAUCAUUACGCAACAUGAAAACGGACACACCCGCCGGUGAUGAGUCAGAGGAGAAACUCAUCAUCGCUUUGGACUUUGGCACCACAUUCUCCGGCAUUGCUUACUGCUUUGCUAAUCAGCGAGACACCAAGGUCGCUGCCAUUCUCGACUGGCCCGGCGCCGAAGGAGAAUCCGCCCCCAAGAUCCCGACACUAAUCAACUACAGUAGUCCCAGGGGAGGGGAAUUUGCGUGGGGGGCGUCGGUUAACCGCAUGCGAGACAAUAUCGUCGGCGUCAAGCUACUACUCGACCCGUCUCAAGAACGACCUCUCUACCUCCCCACUGGCAACAUCAAACGGACAAUCAAGAGCUUGCCCAAACCCCCUGUCGAAAUCGCCGCAGAUUUUAUCGGUGCCGUGUACCGUCAUGCCCAGAAUGAAAUUGCCAAAGUGGUCCCCAAGGAGUACCUCAAGAUCUGCCAAAGGCACUUCGUCCUCUCCGUCCCAGCCGUCUGGUCCGAUGCUGCGAAGAAUGCCACACUUCAGGCUUCGAAGAUUGCCGGAAUCUACCCUGUAACACUGAUCAAGGAGCCCGAGGCUGCCGCGCUCUACACGAUGCACGCGCUAGACUUCUCCCUCAAUGUUGGGGAUGCGUUCGUGGUCUGCGACGCCGGCGGCGGCACCGUUGAUCUCAUCUCGUACGAAGUUGUGGGCCUCAGUCCGAAUCUCCAAGUCAAGGAACUCGUUCCCGGUACCGGCGGUAUGGCCGGGUCUCUCGGCCUGAACCAACGCUUUGUCGAAGCCGUCAGAAACCUCGUCGGCGAAGAGCAAUUUGCCGAUCUGCGGAAAACCAAGGGCUUCUUGCUGGCGGAGAAGAGCUUCGACCGGGAAGUAAAGCGGGCGUUCAAGGGCGACCCCGAUGAGGAGUACUUUAUCAACUUUCCUAUGGCCUCCUUAGAUGACGACCCCGAUCUUGGGCUCGAGGCAAAUUGCUGGAGGAUGACCGGCAAGGACCUGAAGACCAUCUUCGCGCCCCUCAUCACCGACAUUCUCCGCUUGAUUGAUGAUCAGGUCAAGUCAGUGAGGAUCAAACGCCCCACGAGUGGUGUUACAGGCAUCUUCUUGGUCGGGGGUUUUGGCAGCAGUCAAUACCUCAAGGGGUGUGUCGAGAAAAAAUAUCCCGGCAUCCAGGUGCUUCAGCCAACAGAUGCGUGGGCGGCCAUUGUCAAGGGUGCGGCCCUGAGUCAACUGCCACGACAGGCCACCGUCCUCGCCACCUCGGCCACGCACCAUUACGGCGUUGAGGCCUGGGAAAUUUACGAUCCCGAGUUGGACAGUGGUGUACCUACCCAGAUCCGCCGGGACGGAACUAAAAGAGCUGAAAGGAUGACAUGGUUCAUCAACAUCGGCGACGACGUCCUCCGCGACCAAAAGAUCAAGUUCUCCUUUUACCGAUCCAUCAGCGAGAACUACACGCCCGACGAUCUCAUUUUCCAAGACACGCUCUUUGAGUGUGCCGACCCAGUUGCACCAACGCACCACUGCAAAGGCGACAAGAUCAGUUCUAACUGCUUGCUGACGGCCGACUUGCGCUCCGUCCCAAGCAGCCAGUUCGUCAGCAAAGCUGACAAGAAAGGGCAGGGAUAUUAUCAGGCCGUGGAGUUGGACAUUGCGGACCAACAAAACCCGGACCGGGGGCGAGAACCGGAACCGGGGAGUGCCCAGAGUCCGCAGUCUUGGACGCCGACUAGCGCCACUACCGAACUUCCCCCUUACUCGAAAUCGGGUCACUCGAACCCACCGGUCCUCGUCGAUGCCGAACUACCAUGGCGGCCCUUUUACCUCCAACGUCGCGUUCUCCUAUGUUUUGCUGCCGUCUUCGCCCUUGUCGUCGCCGCCAUCGAAACGCUACUCGUGGUCUCUGACAAGAACAGCGGCAUCGCUUCGUCUACCCCCAACCGACACUACCUGUGGACAUACGGUCCCACCGCGUUUCUCACCCUCAUCGCUGCGGUAUGGAGCCGUGCCGAAUACCAGAGUAAGUUGGUGGCGCCAUGGAUUCGCCUGUCGGGACACCCUGCGCAACCCAAGCAUACUCUCCUGCUCGACUAUUUCUCCGACUUUCAGCUAUUCGCCGUAUUCAGGGCCACACGAAACCGCGAUUUUGCCGUUUUAAUUGUCAUCUCCACUGGCCUGAUCGCCCUCAGUUGGACUCUUGAUCGGUUUAUCGACAGUCCCGUCCGGUUGUCUGACGCCGGCACGCUUUCAUACUAUGUCAUGCAGGGGCUCAUAACCACCAACUACGCCUUUCAAUCCGUCUCCACCGAUUUGCCCGACACAGCCGAGACGAGAGUUAUCGUUGACGGAUUCGGAAAUUCACUCGAAUGUCAACCAGCGGAGCUGACCUUGAAGGGAGCGGCCCCCCCAGAUCCUCAUUACACCGACGAAAGGGGAAUGAAUCUGACCAUAACGUCCCCCGGUUGUAACAUUGAGCACCUACAGAUACGUCCAAGCCCGGUUUGGCCGUGCACUGGUCAUCAUCGCGAACCCUGUGACGUGCUGUUCACGCGAUUCACCUCAACGCGGCGUAUCCUUGUUGUGUUUGGCAACAUGACCUACAGUGUCGACUUUUCCAUAACCCUCGAUGACUACACUGGCGCGCAUACAAGACAUCCCUACCUCGCCCAUAUGCGAGAGUCGGCCCAGAUGCUCUGCGUACCGACCUACGGCAUCACAAAGGUGAACGUGGUCCGAAAUGGGACCCAAACUCGACGAGUCACCAUGUCCCCAGGGGCUACUUCCCGGACCCUGGAUUCCGUCACCGGCUGGGAUUUGGCCGACGCGCACUCUGCCGCCUUCUACAACGACCUUUCCUCUGCCAAGAACCCUUACGGUAAAACCAGAAAGGUCGACAACACCUCGGUGGACGUGGACGAAGUUAUGGACUUUGCCCUGCCCACUCAACUAGCUCCAGGCCAACCACUCAGCUCUCUCUUCGAGGUGGACGCCCUUCAACGAUUCGCAACAGCCUAUUACGCACAGGUUGCUGCCAUCAUCGCCAAGCAGAGUUUGAUGGAGUCAGCAUCAAUGCAAACGCACGCUUCCGUAACCCUGUGGAGGAAUAGGCUCGUGAUACGAAACUGGGCGGCCCAUUUGAUGGCUGGCCUAGCGGCUACUUGUUUCGUUCUCACCACGGUUGCCGUGUUUUUGGUUCCAAAACGGGGUAUCCUGCCCUGCAGUCCGGCAACCCUGCCCGGCAUGGCAUCGCUAGUGCGCUACAGUCCCGACCUUUUAGCCAUGCUACGGUUCUCAGGGGCAGCCGAUGCGAAGCGCCUCAGCCGGCCGUUGUUGGCAUCAACCUUUAGGUCAGGGGUCGCUGUGGAUCCCGCGUCCAGCCAGCCGUAUUUCACCAUUCUCAGCGAGCUGCGUUCCACUGACCGAAGAUCUCACACUUUCCAACAAGUCGACUCCAAGCAAACGCAUCCAGUUGUCUUACACCCCGCCUUCCGUGCGGCAUUGUGCUUGAUACUAGCGAUGCUUAUCGUGGCCCUGGAACUGACACUGCGUAAGUCAACCCACGAAGAGGGCCUCGGGGACGCCCGUGAUGAUGACUACAUGCAUCACACCUGGACCACCGGUCCAGCUGUCGUCUUCGGUGGGCUAUCCAUGUUGUUGUCCGCCAUGGACUUCCAGAUCCGGUCCCUUGCGCCAUACGUGGCACUUAAACAGGGCGUCACCCCAACGGCUUACAAGACGCUCGACUUCAUGGACACAUCAGUCCCACGAACCAUCUUCCGCGAGAUCAAGUUUACCAACAUCGGCGCCCUCGCAGCCACCACAGGCUUUCUGAUCGCAUCGGUGUUUACGAUAUUCUCCGCAUCACUAUUCCAACCACUUGCGAUUCCUACGACGAUCCCGGUAUCAUUCCGGGCCAACCAGUCCUUUGAUAUGACGCCGAUCUCUAGUGACGAUGGCAAUGUAGUCGCAUCCCUUAUUUUCGGGAGCAACUUUUCGUUUCCCAUAUUUACCUACGACGACCUUGCCUUCCCCCAACUCGUCCCGACGACCCCAUUGUCUAGCGACGGCAGAAUCAACAAAUCCACCGUUUCCAUCGAAGCCGUCGUGCCCGCGCUGCGCACCAGGCUGACCUGUCGCGUCUACGACUCGUCCAAGAUCACAACCAACCACACUCUUAACUACACCACCUAUCUCGGAUCAUAUGACAACCCACUCGGCAUCAACAUCGAAGGCGAGGAGUGCAACCGCUUCCCCGAAUACGAGCCAUACGGCUACAACAACAUCCUGUCCACCUACCCCAACGUGACCUACUUCGCCAUGGGCAUGACCGUCGGCAACGUCUCCGAGGCCCAGGGCUGCAGCGACCUGCUCUACACCUGGGGCAAGCUCAACCACACCGCCGACCCCAUCAUCCAACACAUCACCUCGGUCGGCUGCAACGAAACCAUCGAGACCCUCUCCGUCGCCACCACCUUCCUCGGCGCCAACCUCACCAUCGACCCCUCCCACCCGCCCCUCCCCCUCGAAAACACCACCCGCCCCACCAACAUCUCCACCUACGGCUUCAUGCGCGCCUACAGCCGCCUCGCCCGACUCUCCACCGCCCCCAACUACCUGACCCCCUUCUUCGCCAUGCUGACCAGCUCCCCCUGGGCCAUCCCCCUCCCUUCCCUCGGCACCCCCUCCGCCACACCGCAGAUCCUCCGCGCAAUCCACCACCACCACGGCCUCAUCCAGGCCCAGACCCUCGCCCAGAACCUGCUCCCCGCAAACACCACCAACACCACCCUCCCCGUCGGGAGCCAUCCCGUAAACACCACCGACGACAUGUUCACCUACCCCGGCACGGCGCGAUGGCGCAAUGUGAUACCCGAGGGAGCACCAUAA